AUGAGCUCGUACUUCGUGAACCCGCUGUACUCCAAGUACAAGGCGGCGGCGGCGGCGGCGGCUGCCGCGGCGGGCGAGGCCAUCAACUCCACUUAUUACGAGUGUCACUUCGCGCCCGAGGUCGGCGGCCGCCACGCCGCCGCCGCCGCCGCCGCCGCCGUGCAGCUCUAUGGCAACAGCGCCGCCGGCUUCCCGCACGCGCCCCCGCAGGCGCACGCGCAUCGGCCGCCCGCGGGGCCCGGGUGCGGCGGCGGGGGAGGCCCGGGGCCCGGCCCGGGCCAGGAGUAUUUCCACCCUGGCGGGGGUAGUCCGGCCGCAGCCUACCAGGCCGCCCCCCCUCCUCCUCCGCAUCCUCCGCACCCGCCGCCUCCCCCCUGCGGCGGGAUUGCCUGUCACCGGGAGCCCGCGAAGUUUUACGGAUACGAUAACUUACAGAGACAGCCGAUUUUUACGACCCAGCAAGAGGCCGAGCUGGUACAAUAUCCUGACUGUAAAUCGUCCAGUGGUAAUAUUGGCGAGGACCCAGACCACUUAAAUCAGAGUUCGUCUCCUUCUCAAAUGUUUCCCUGGAUGAGACCACAAGCAACUCCUGGUAGAAGAAGAGGAAGACAAACCUACAGUCGUUUCCAAACCCUAGAGCUGGAAAAGGAAUUCCUUUUUAACCCGUAUCUGACCAGGAAAAGAAGAAUCGAGGUUUCCCACGCCCUAGCCCUCACUGAACGGCAGGUAAAAAUCUGGUUCCAGAACAGGAGAAUGAAAUGGAAAAAGGAGAACAACAAGGACAAAUUCCCAGUUUCCCGGCAGGAGGCGAAGGAUGGGGAAACCAAAAAGGAAGCUCAAGAACUGGAGGAAGACAGAGACGAAGGCCCGACAAAUUAACUUCCACCUUUACAUUUGUACCAGCCGAUUAAAACGUUCAGCACGUGCUGGUGGA